CAGAGAACGGCGAAGUGUCGGCACGUUUAUUUGCAACUAGCUCGUGGAAAAUAAUUCAAUUUUUUCUUCAUUCCGCUGGCGACAACGCAAGCGGUCGGUUGUGUGUUCGCUCGAUUGGUCUCGCCUCCGUCUCCGUCGCUGUCUUUGUCUCUGUCUCGACACGACACCACUUCGGCCAGUGGCAGGCGGUUUGAGUGCGCGAUUCCCUUAGUGUCUUUGCCGGAAUCUUCAAUCGGAUCUUACGGUAGCAGCAAAUCCGAGCUUACAUUCAGUACUCUCCGAAAGCAGGAAGAGACCACCAGCAGCCAUGGCAGAGAACGAGCCGCUGAACGAGACACAGAAGCAGUUGAAUGGUCGCAUCCUGCCCAGCAAUGGACACAUAUCGCCGGCGGUUAGCAAUGGCCAGGUGCACCACGCCAAUGGCAAGAGCCAGGCGAAUGGGAACGGCACCUCCAAUGGCACACACAUCGAGGCGCCCUGCUGUCGAGACAUACAUGGCAAGGAGCCACCGGAUGGCGGUGCCCGGGCCUGGCUCGUCAUGGUCAGCGCCUUCCUGUGCAACGGCAUCAUCUUCGGUUUCAUCAACACCUACGGAGUGCUGCACUCGCUCUUAAGCGAUCGACUGACAGCAUUGGGCGACCCGGAGGCCUCCAGUAAAGCGGCACUCGUUGGCUCCCUGGCCAUUGGCACCACAUUCCUCUUCUCAACAGUCGCCGGCUGUCUGACGGACAAGAUCGGCCUGCGGCUGACCACCUUCGCGGGCGGAGUUCUCUCGGCGGGUGGCCUGCUGCUGUCCUCGUUCUUCACGGAGAACAUCAGCGCCCUGUACUUCAGCUAUGGGAUCAUGUUUGGUCUUGGUGCGGCCCUGGCCUACACACCCACUCUUGCCAUUCUGGGACACUACUUCAAGCGGUACCUGGGCAAGGUGAGCGGCUUUGUGACAGCGGGCUCCAGCGUCUUUACUGUGAUACUGCCACCCUGCCUGGACAGUAUGCUGGGUGGCUAUGGCCUCGAGGCAACACUGAGGAUUAUGAGUCUCAUGUCCGCGUUCAUCAUUGUGUGUUCCUUCGUGUACAAACCGCUGCAUCCGCCGCCGGAUCCGCCCAAAAAGAAACCCGGACGAUCGCGCAUCAAUCUCUUCCUGCGCUCCAUUGUCAAUGUGGAGAUCUGGAAGCGAAAGCGAUUCGUUAUUUGGGCUCUGUGCGUACCCCUAGCUCUGUUUGGGUACUUUGUGCCCUACGUCCACAUGAUGCAGUUCGUGAAGAUAACGUUCCCGGGCGAGGAUCUCAAUCUGCCGGUCAUGUGCAUUGGCAUCACUUCGGGCAUUGGUCGCCUGAUAUUUGGCAUCAUUGCGGAUAUGCCCGGCGUGAAUCGGAUGUAUCUGCAGCAGCUCUCGCUGGUGUCCAUUGGCUUGGUCACGCUGCUGCUGCCACUGACCAACUCGUAUGUGGUUCUCGUCUCCUUCACCCUCGUCAUGGGCCUCUUCGAUGGCUGCUUUAUCUCCCUGCUGGGUCCCAUUGCCUACGAGAUAUGUGGACCCUCGGGUGCCACACAGGCGAUUGGCUUUCUGCUGGGACUGAGCUCCAUUCCGCUCACCGUGGGACCACCAGUGGCUGGCAUGAUAUUCGACAGCACGGGCUCGUACACGGUUCCUUUUGUAUUGGCAGGACUGCCACCGUUGGUGGGCUCCUCGCUGCUGUUCCUCAUCAGGUGCGUGAAGGAUGACAACAAUGCUGCAGCAGCUGCCAGUCCGCUGCGCGUUGCGGCACUGCCCAAUGGCGACAUUGAGAUUGCCAGCAAUGGCAACAAAUCGUGCGCUCCUCUCAUGGGUGCGACCCCGAACGGAGUUAAUGGCUCAUCAGCGACGAUCCACAGCAAUGGACAUGUGGAAAAUGGAACUGGUUUGUACUCUGCUUCACUUUGCCCACCCAGCGACGACUUCGGUCAGCGCCGGCCUAGUAUUACUGCUCGAUCUGUCUCGGCCUCGGCUUGCGAUCAUUCCCGUAGCUCAAUUUAUACUAACACCCCUCUGCCCAGCUGCUCGCACACAGCCCUGCUUGGUCCUGGGUCCAGCAUGUCCAUGUCCAUGCCAUUGCGGGACGGGACUGAUAUCAAAAAGCGUCGCUAUAACUAUUCCGUCUACUAACAUCAUACCAUUCCCCGCCAUUUCAUGCGUUUCAACUGGUUGUAGAUAUUCUCUCACUCGUUUUUGCUUACUCUGCACUAUUCCUUAGGGAUACUAGGUUUUUUGUGUAUUCGAAUAGCAUGACUAAGACUAAGACACGGCACAUUCGCACUCCCAUUCCCAUCCUGCUCUCCCAUCCGCACCUUUAGUUCAGUUUUUUUUUGCUUUUCAAUGCUUUCCAAGAUCUUAAGCCUCAUCGACCCAGAGCUGCUGUAAAUAAAUGCUAUACGUAAAUAACACCUUAGCCAACUCUCUUUGAUUACGAACUCUAGAGAAGCCAUCGCAUGGAGCUUGCACUGCAUUUUCACUUU